AUGCUCUGUGGUGGAGACCGUGAGAAGGGGGAUGUAGCGAUGGAGGAGAAAUGGGACUACGUGAACUUGGACGACUUUAAAUCCGAGUCUUGCUUGACACCCUUCUCAUAUUUCUUCUUAUGGGUGUUCUUGUUUAUCUCAAUUGCAGUCUAUGGCGUUGAUACAUUCACUGCAAUCAACUUGCUGGCUUUCUCUCGAUGGUCUGGCCGAGUCGAACCCGCUAUUCCCUUCAACAUCUCCCGCUGGAUCUUCGCCGCCUGUAUUAUUGCCUCAUUCGUUAUUUUGGUCUACCGAUGGAUACAUGCUAUCGGUGCCAUUCGCUCGGGUAGUAUUACUCGCAGUUUUCUGGACCCGCUGGCUGUGCGCAUUCAGAGUAUUCGCUUCGGCCAGCGGGGUCGUGGAUACAGGCGAUUCCUUGUCUUUGCUGAAUUAACCAAAGACAGGAAAGCAGCAGAAUAUGUUGCUCUUUAUGCAUAUUUCUCUUUCCAGUCGUGGAUGAUCACGAUCUUCGCAGAUGGCCCGCGCCAAGUUAUCAAUGCCAUCACUCUCUAUUCAGUCAUGCAAAUGGACCUCAUUCCCGGAGGAGCGAAUGCAGCCCACGACGAUGGAAGUUCCUCAGUUGCUCAAUUUUUCAACAACGUGAAGAUUUUGGCCGAGGAAAACACCCUUCAAGCUGUGGUCUUGUUUGGUAUGCUUUUCACCCUGAUCGUUUGGGUCCUAUCGGUUCUCAGGUUGAUCUCGGCGAUCGCACUUUAUUUAAUCUUUCUCUUCCACCACAUCCCAGCGGAAGACGGUACUCUUUCAAGGUACUGCCUCCGAAAGGUUGGUCAACGUCUGAAGCGCAUCGUGCACCGCAAGAACAACAAGGCACUGGCAAAGGGGCUCAAAUUGCAGAACCGAGCACCCACUAAGCCAAUGCUGGACACAGAUUCGAACCCGACUCUGCCGUCUCUCGCCGGAGAUAAGGUCCCCGCAGUGCCUUCGUUGUCGCGAAGUACCACACAGACUACUCUGCCGCCUUACUCGCAAUCGACCUCGACAGCGCCGGCGCAAAACCCGACACUACCGAAUCUAGAUUUCGAUGCCAAACCAAAACUGGCUCGAACCGGAACUUCGUCUUCAGCAAUGUCCGAGUCCGCUUCACUGACAGGCAAUGCAGCUGGAAUGGGAUAUACUCCUCUUGAUGGCCAGAAUCCGACGCUUCCGACACUUCCCCCGGUCCCUCCCCUACCGGCUACCGUUCCAUCACGGAUGGCCACCCCUCACUCUCGAGCGGCUCCUGCACCAUAUGGCAAUGGUGAUCGUAAUACUCCGGGCCCUGGAUAUCGCAACCUGACUGAUAACUCUGAUUCUCAGCCAUAUCAGAGCCACACCCCAGCACCUGAUUAUUCUUCGGCUGACAUGCAUGCUUCCGAUGAUUACGAUGAUUUCAACCGUGACCACGCGCCUGCGCACUACGACCCCUACGGUCCUCCGAGGGGUACAUACGGCGGAGAGGACGAAUACGGAGCAGGAUACGAAACUCCGGAUGGCCGGAGAGGGGCGCCUCGCGCGCAGCAAGAUUACUACCCACAGGAUCCAUAUUCAACAAGAUCCUACACGCCGGCUAGCACUGGUGGGACGCCUGCUCCUUAUCGGACCAACACCCCAGCAAACACCGGUGGCACUCCUGCUCCCUAUCAAUACAACAAUCCGGCGAGCACUGAUGGGACGCCUGCUCCUUAUCGAAACUACACUCCGGCAAGCACUGGUGGCACUCCUGCUCCCUAUCAAUACAACAAUCCGGCGAGCACUGAUGGGACGCCUGCUCCUUAUCGAAACUACACUCCGGCAAGCACUGGUGGCACUCCUGCUCCCUAUCAAUACAACAAUCCGGCGAGCACUGAUGGGACGCCUGCUCCCUAUCGGACCUACACUCCGGCAAACACCGGUGGCACUCCUGCUCCCUAUCAAUACAACAACCCGGCAGGUACUGGCGAGACUCCUGCUCCAUAUCGGACCAACGCCCCUGCAAGCUACCAACCCACAACUCCCCCACAAGCAGCCGCAUAUGGACAGCCUCCACCAAGGACGUACACUCCAGCGAACUCAGCAACUCCUGCCCCUCAAAAUGGUGGCUAUGCAGCUUUCAACCCAUCAAUGGCCCAUAACACACCCCAGCCUCGAUCCCAAGGGCCUCCCGAUCCGUCCAGCUAUACGCGAGCAAACACCGCUUCCCCCUCGGUCAUGCAUCGCGCUCCACCAGGGCACACAUUCAAUCGCGCAAAUACUCACCAGUAUUAA